AUGGCAAUGGCCCUGGAUCUGUAUGACAUCCCAGCCUCCAGGCUGGACUCUUUCGUGGCUCAGUGGCUGCAGCCCAGGCGGGAGUGGAAAGAAGAGGUGCUGGAGGCUGUGUGGACCGUGGAGCAGUUCCUGCGGGAGGAGAACUUCCAGGGGGAGCAUGGGCUGGACCAGGUGCAGGUACUGAAGGUGGUCAAGGUAGGCUCCUUCGGGAAUGGCACAGUGAUCAGGGGUGCCACAGACGUGGAGCUGGUGGUGUUCCUGAGUUGCUUCCACAGCUUCCAGGAGGAGGCCAAAUACCACCAAGCCAUUCUGAGGCUGAUGUGGGAAAAAAUGUGGCGUUGCCAGGACCUGCUGGCCCUUGGGCUCGAGGACCUGAGGAUGACCCAGGAAGUCCCCAGUGCUCUUGUCUUCACCAUCCAGACCCGGGGAAUCACGGAGCCCAUCACUGUCUCCAUCAUGCCUGCCUACAGGGCUCUAGGGCCUUCUGUUCCCAGCUCUCAGCCACCCCCUGCGGUCUAUGUGAAUCUGAUCAAGGCCUACCGUUACCCUGGAAAUUUCUCCCCAUCCUUCAGUGAGCUGCAGAGAAACUUUGUGAAACAUCGGCCAACUAAGCUGAAGAGCCUCCUGCGGCUGGUAAAACACUGGUACCAGCAGAGGGCACGAGACAUCCAGGUGACAGUGGAGCAGUGGGGUUACCCAGAUUUAAUUCUCUGGGUGAACCCUUAUGCACCCAUAAAGAAGGUGAAAGAGAAAAUCCAGCGGAGUCGGGCCUACUCGGGCCUGCAGCGACUGUCCUUCCAGGAGCCUGGUGGUGAGCGGCAGCUCCUCCGCAGUCACUGCUCCUUGGCCUAUUAUGGGGUCUUCUCCAACACCCGCAUCUGUAUGCUGGAGACCAUCCCCCCCGAGAUCCAGGUCUUCGUGAAGAAUCCCGAUGGCGGGAGCCAUCCGUACGUCAUCCACCCCAACAGCUUCGUCCUGGGCCUGAAGCAGCAGAUUGAAGACAAGCUGGGGCUGCUCAGGAAGCAGCAGCAGCUGGAGUUCCAAGGCCAAGUCCUGGAGGACUGGUUGGAUUUGGGGCGCUAUGGCAUCCAAGACAGUGACACCCUCAUCCUCUCCGAGAAGAAAGAAGGAGAGGCUUCACUUCCAGACAGCUAGUUUCCUCUGGGAAUCUUCUCUGUGCAUUUCUGCCACCGAAUCCAGAACCACUCCUCCAGUUCUCUGCGGGGAGGUCCCGUCUCUUCACCAGCUUUAUAAAAAGAGGUGAAGGAAGCUAAAUAAACAAACGGACAGUGGCCAGACCAUAUGUGACAAUAGCUUGUUUUUGGUUUUGGUUUUUUUGGCAGCUGGCAGGUACAGGGAUCUCAACCCUUGACUUUAGUGUUAUAACACCGUGCUCUAACCAACUGAGCUAACCAGCCAGCCCACUGACAAUGGAAUUCUGACCCAUAACCUUCUGUAGCAACCAUCUAGGGAGGCCAAAUCACACCUCUGCAUCAAGCAACCCCAAACCAUCAGAACUCGGUCAAUAAUCACCAGCUUUUCUAAUUCCCUACCCCAUUCCCACCACCUCUAAUUUAAGACCAACCACAGAAAGCCAAUAAUCUCCUCA